AUGGAAGCGAAAAAAGACAACAACAUCUUAUCAGCAAAAUAUCGCGAACAAACGUUAAACAAAACAAAGGGGGAACGCCACCCAAACGAUGCUGUUAAGCCAUAUGGUGAAGGGCAUAAACGUGGCAGGGGAAACACCACGCACGAAGCAAAAUCAAAUGGUAAAGACAAAACAGAUAAAAUAAAUGACCCCCCAUUCAUACAAAUAAAAAGUGAUGAUAAAUAUCUUAGCCAUCUUCUGAAGAAACAAAAUGUACAAAUUCAGUCGGAAAAAUGCGAAGACGAUUCAGUGAGGAAGAGGAAAAAUGCCACCCCCUCCUCCAGUAGCCAAUCCGUGGAAGAAGACUCAAGUGACGACUUUCAAUGCGCAGACAUUAUAGAGCAGUUUAAAAAAAAGAAGAAGCGAGAGUUAGAGGAUAGAAAGAAAAAACGAAUUAGGGAUAGAAAAAACGAGUUAAUAAGGAAGCCAACCUACAGGGACGCGGAAACGCAGGUCUUCCUUGACGACUUUACCAAAUAUUACGAGAAAGUGAAGCCCCAGAUUGAGAAGCUCGUUGAAGAUGUCCUAAAUGAAGCGUUAAAAGAGAUCUACGAAGACCAAGAGUUAAGCAAAAUAAAAGGCAAAAUUAACCAUUACGAACAAAUCAGACAAGAGAAAUAUCAAUCCCUUAAAAACUACGAACAGAAUAGCGACACGUUUUACGAACAAACGCAACAUAAAAUAAAAGACAGGAUCCUACUCAAAAAGAAAGUCGAAAUUAUAAUGAAAAAAAAGAUUGCCCAUAGUAAAGCCCAGAAAAACAUGCACUUUAUACUUCAGAAAAACUUGGACCUGUAUUCCCUUAUGGAUUAUUUCCCGAGCGGCUUGGAGAAAAACAUGAACCGAAUCGUGCUCCCAUGGCUGGCGGACUUAAUUCUGUACCUGAUAAGGGUGAAAAAGGAAAUAGUCCACUACGUCAUCUCGGACAUGAUAGAAAAGAGCUUUGCCUCCAGAACGGAGAUACUUGAGGCCUAUAAAAGGUUAAAAAAAUUGGCCCCACGCAAAACCUACAUCGUUAUCAAACAGAAAAUUUAA